CGAAGAUGCUAAACUCCUCUCUUUCAGCCCCGCCGCUAUUGCUGCAGGUUCUGUGAUUGCCGUCGCCGGUUCACCAGCCGGAGGGACGCCUCCAUACACAUCAACCGCAAGCACCUGUCUAUCAAAAGCUACCGCUGCUGUCUCUGCUUCUCGUCUGAGGCCUUCGAAAGCCCAGACCCCAGCGAGAUGCGAAGGCACUGCCAAAAGAAGCAUCUCGUUGAGAAACCACAGGUUAAUGCACACUGGUACAAAUUCAGAGUGAGCGACGAAUGGGAGUUUCACUGCGAGCGCCUCGACGAAACCAGAACUCCCGCCCUACAUGCCGAGUACAGACAGGGACAGGCACACGUCGAGACUCAGCCGAGCGCGCUGAUCUCUGUGCCAUUUAUCUAUAAAAGCGCUCACGAGAGGACAUCCGAUGAAUCUUUUGAACGAUACGGUGCUGCCGAUAUUUCCCCAACCUACGGCUUCAACCUUCAUGAGUCGUUUGGACUCCUUGAACUUGACCCGCCGGCGCCAUAUCACUCUCUAAAGGCGCCACCGGCAUUUGACCCCCAGACCAUAUUCAACACAAAGGCUAUGGCAAUGUUCCCGCCAUCUGACGAAGCGAUCACCUCGCUUUUGGCUCAAGUCUAUAGCUGCGGUUUUGCCGAUGCGCAAUCAUACUCUGCUCAUCAACAAGUGCAGCAGCAGACGAACCAUCUUUUCAACCCUUGCUCCCCUAGCACCUCGACUAGCGACAAGUGCAUGCACUGCUGGCUUGCCGCAUACUAUGGGAUUCCUUGCGACCUUCAUUAA